ACCACUGCUUACUUUGCGUGUUUGCGGAUAAGUAAAGCAUAAAAUCUAACGAUAAGAGAAACUGGAUUCACUUUAUCAAGUUUAUUAGAAUGACUUAUUUUAAUAACUGAAUACCUAUUAAACGAUUUUUGUACAGUUAGCGUUCAGUUGUUGACACGUCAUCUACAAGUAACAAGGUUGUCCCAGAUUUUGUUUUUAAUUGUUUUCAUUUAUUACGUUUAUUUACGAUAUAACAUAAAGUACAUUUGAAACAUCAGUUAUUAUUCAACGUAAUAUUUUGUAUAAAAUGUCUUCAGAUGUCAUGAGCUCAGAUUUUGGCAACAAUGAAAAUGUGUUGUUGACUAGACGGUACUUUGUAGUUGAUGCAAAAGAAAAUAUUGAUGAUAGAAGUUUACAUAUCACAAUUCCACCUGAAAAGUUAAUUAGUAGUGAAUUGCAAAUAGAUGUACAGUCAGAUGAGAAAUCAAAACCAGAUGUGAAUACUGUUAAACUUGUGAUAGACUUUAAAGAGGAUCAAACUAAAGAAGUUGUUGGUCAUCAAUUGAGAUUUAGUACUCAGAAUGAAAGUAAUUAUAAAAGUAAAGAUAGUGGUGCAUCUAUUCAACCGGAAUAUGAUGUAAGCAUAGACGAAAGGUUACCAGAAACAGUGACAUUACUUACUACACCAUGGGGAGGAAAACUAUAUUUAGUGGGCACAGCACAUUUUAGUGUUGAGAGCCAAAAUGAUGUUGCAACGAUCAUUCAGGCUGUACAGCCUCAGAUAGUUGUAGUUGAGUUGUGUAAAGCUAGAAUCGACGUUAUAAACAUUAACGAGGAAGCUCUGUAUCGUAAUGCAACAGAUUUAAGUAUUAAAAGUUUAACUGAAACGAUAAGACACUAUGGUGUUUAUAAUGGGUUGUUACACAUUAUGUUAUAUCGCAUGGUGGCUCAUGUCGUUAAGGAACUUGGAAUGCCACCAGGUGGUGAAUUUCGUAUAGCAUUUGAAGAGGCGAAAAAGGUACCAAACUGUAUUAUUCAGUUAGCUGACCGCUCGAUUAACAUAACGCUUCAACGUGCGUUGAGAGAAUUAUCUUGGUGGGAAAUAAUAAAACUUGCUUGGCUAAUGGUACGAUUAGACUCCCACAUUAGUAAACAAGAUGUAGAGCGUUAUAAGCGGAAAUCAGUGAUAGAACAAAUGAUUUCAUCAUUGAGAGAAGAAUAUCCAGCGAUAGAAAGAACAUUUGUCACAGAAAGGGACAUGUAUCUUACAUACCAUCUUCAGAUUGCUACCCAACCCCAACAUACUUCGCAGGGGCUAAAAAUACCAAGAGUUGUAGGAGUUGUUGGCAUAGGACAUAUCAAUGGAAUAGUCGAAAACUGGGGAAAAGUGAAAGACUCCGACAUAUGGCCUAUUAUACGAGUACCUCCUCAACCUUUAUCAAGCAAAAUAUUGAAAUUCACAAUUAAAGCUUCCUUAUUGGGAGUUACCAUUUAUGUGGGAUAUAAAAUUAUACCAUUGCCUUCCGUUAGUACGUUGCAAUCAAUCAAAUCGUCACUCGAAGGAUUGUUAAAGGUCAGUGUUAAACAGUAGAAUAGCCGAAACUUUUAGAAUUGUUUACUGAGAUAUAUAUAUAUAUUAUCGAGAAGAGAGAAACAAAAAGCAAAACAAUUGUUUCCUUUAUUUUGUGCUGCCUAUCCUUAAAGAUCCUGUCGAACUUUCUUCGGCUUUCUCAUUG